CCUGCCUCUGCCUCGGCCACUGCCACUGCCACUGCCACUAGUGGUGCUUACGGUGUGGCUGCAGGAGACAAAUUUUUCGUGCAGCAGCCCAGCCAGCGCCACGCGGGAGUUGGUGAUACCGGUACCGGUAGUGGUAUGUAUCUUAUGUACUUUCGGGGGUAGAUAGCUGGGCUCUUGAGCAGAGUGGAGCAUGGAGAACCCGUACAUACCGUACGUUUUGAGGGGUAGGUAUCGAACCAUCGCCAUGUAGAACAUCUUCAAUCGGGUCAUGCAUGCAAACAUAUCGUACAUACCGUACAUACGUGCGAUAGAUAGCUGGAUAGAUAGGAAUUCUCGCCGGCCCGCCGCCACUGGACCGGAUAGCCACGACGGAUUUCACGAGUCGUUGAAACUUGAGGCAUUUGGCCCUGGGACAUCUCGCCCUCGCCAACCAUCCACAGCCUAUCGCCGCCGCCGCCGCCGCCUCCCGUCAGCGUGGAAACAAGGUGUGGCGAAAAAAGCAACGAAAGCAACGAAAGCAACGAAAGAAACGAAAGCAACGAAAGAAACGAAAGCAACGAAAGCAACGAAAGCAACGAAAGAAACGAAAGAAACGAAAGCAACGAAAGAAACGAAAGCAACGAAAGCAACGAAAGAAACGAAAGCAACGAAAGCAACGAAAGAAACGAAAGCAACGAAAGAAACGAAAGCAACGAAAGAAACGAAAGCAAUGGAAGAAACGAAAGAAACGAGAGAAACGAAAGAAACGAGAGAAACGAAAGAAACGAGAGAAACGAAAGAAACGAGAGAAACGAAAGAAACGAGAGAAACGAAAGCAAAGAAAAGGGAAAGAAACCGUCCGCGCACACGACACAGACGAGACGAGACGAAAAUGGCUCGUCCAGACUCCACAGUCUCGACUCCAGACUCCACAGUCCAAACGCCAGACGCGAGACGCCAACAACGCCAACAACGCCAACAACGCCAACAACGCCAACAACGCCAACAACGCCAACAACGCCAACAACGCCAACGCCAACAACGCCACAGCUGUGCGAUCCCAUCCCAUCCCGAGUCUGACCGAUAACUACUAGAGCCCAGCUAAGGUAACCACGAGUUAUUCCGGCCGCGCCGUCGUUUCGUUCUGUAAUGAGCUUUGAGGAAAGCGCGAUAGGCUGGAUAUGUACCUAUGCAAUGUGAGAGUACUGGCACUGCACGGCG